CUAAUUUUCUAAUUGUGGGUAGUCGUUCAAAAUGUCUACUUUAAUUUUAUGUUUCUUGUCGUUGUUCUGUUUUACUUUUGGAGCAAAGAGUAACCCAAAUUCCAUUAUCGUACCAUGCAAAAUUAAUGAUGAAGAUUGUAUGACGAAAUCUGCAAAUAUAGCGCUCCGUCUUAUAGGACAAGGAGUUCCGUCUUUAAACAUUCCACCCAUAGAUCCGAUCAAAACUGAUGUUUUUCAAAUUAAACUUCCAUCCAUACAGUUGACAUAUAAAAAUCUAACUCAGAAUAGAUUUUCAAAAUGUGAAGUUCAAAAUGUCAAGUUAAAUAUGGAUACUUUAAAUUUAAAAUUUGAUUUGAAAUGUCCGUCAAUAGAACUGAUCGGACACUAUUCUGUUACUGGUACUCUGUUAUCACUUCCAUUGGAAGGACAAGGACCGUGCAGGACCAUUACAGGUACCUAUUUAAUAAAUGUUGACGCUGAACUGGAACGCGUUACUGGAAAUGAUGGAAGAACGUAUUUAGCUAUAAAGAAAUCAAAGCAAGUUGCUGAUUCUUUGGAACCAGUUAAAUUUCAAUAUGACAACUUAUUCAAUGGACAAAAGGAAUUAUCGGACGCUGCUCACGCCUUUGCACAUAAACAUUAUAAGGAGGUAAUGGCACAUUUACAAGGUUCCAUACUCGAUGGCAAUUUCAAAUAUUUUUCAAAAUGCGUCAACGCACUACUUAAGACUACGCCUAUUGACAAUCUGUUUAUUAAUUAG